CUUACAGGGCGGUGGUCAUCUGUCCCAGAGGCUGGGGACCAGGGGAAGGCACUAGCCAGACGAACACGCAUACAAACACACACGACUGUACACUGACAUCAUUGCUUCAGUGACCUGGUGCUAGGAUCAGGGAGAGUGCGUCAGAGGACAUCACAGGCAAGGGUCGCUACGGAGACCGGCAGAGCCCCGACUCUGUGAUGGCUGAGUGACAUCACCUCCCGCGAAUGACAAGCAAGCAUCCGAGAGUGGGGCCUGCCUCAGUCUCACGUGAUUGGCCGCUGAAUGGGAUUAAGGUGAAUGGAACACAUGCCCAAGAAGCAGGACCCUAGCCUAUCAGAGGGAGAAGAGAAACAGUGGCUCGAUGGCCCGAAGAGGAAGCGAAAGAACAGUCAAUGUUCUGUGAAGAGUAUGUCUGCUCUGUCACUGUGUGUCCCAGGGUACAUUCCCAGCUACCUGGAGAAAGAUGAGCCAUGUGUGGUGUGUGGAGACAAGGCCACAGGCUACCACUACCGCUGCAUUACGUGUGAGGGCUGUAAGGGUUUCUUCCGACGGACCAUCCAGAAGAACCUUCACCCCACAUACUCCUGUAAGUACGACGGCUGCUGCAUCAUCGACAAGAUCACACGCAACCAGUGCCAGCUCUGCCGAUUCAAAAAAUGCAUUGCUGUCGGCAUGGCGAUGGACUUGGUGCUGGAUGAGGCCAAGCGUGUGGCCAAGCGCCGUUUGAUAGAGGAGAACAGAGAGAGGAGGAAGAAGGAGGAGAUGGUGAAGACCUUGCAGAACAGACCGGAGCCCUCCAGCUCAGAGUGGGAGCUGAUCCGAAUCGUCACGGAGGCCCAUCGCCACACCAACGCCCAGGGCUCCCACUGGAAGCAGAAACGCAAGUUCCUGCCUGAGGACAUCGGUCAGUCCCCCGUCACUCCCUCCUCAGACGGGGACAAAGUGGACCUGGAGGCUUUCAGUGAAUUCACCAAGAUCAUCACGCCAGCCAUCACCCGCGUCGUCGACUUUGCCAAAAAACUGCCCAUGUUCUCCGAGCUGCCGUGUGAGGAUCAGAUCAUCCUGUUGAAAGGCUGCUGUAUGGAGAUCAUGUCUCUGAGAGCGGCCGUGCGCUACGACCCAGAGAGCGAGACGCUGACGCUGAGUGGAGAGAUGGCGGUGAAGCGUGAGCAGCUGAAGAACGGAGGCCUGGGCGUGGUCUCUGACGCCAUCUUCGACCUGGGCAAGAGCCUGGCGCAGUUUAACCUGGACGACACGGAAGUGGCGCUGCUACAGGCCGUACUGCUCAUGAGCUCAGAUCGUUCGGGCCUGACCUGCGUGGAGAAGAUUGAGAAAUGCCAGGAGACAUACCUGCUGGCGUUUGAACACUACAUAAACUACCGCAAGCACAACAUUCCUCAUUUCUGGCCCAAGCUGCUGAUGAAGGUGACGGACCUGCGGAUGAUUGGCGCCUGUCACGCCAGCCGUUUCCUGCACAUGAAGGUGGAGUGCCCCACCGAACUCUUCCCGCCCCUCUUCCUGGAAGUCUUCGAGGACCAGGAGGUGUGAACUGGGAGCG